AUGACUGAGGCCAUGCGAAUGAACCCACUACCGGCACCGCAUCCGGUUCUUCCUGCGGCUGAUUUCCCUCGUGUUUACGCCGAAGAUUUCCCCCAUGGAGAUCGUGAAGCAUAUGCUAAAUACUAUCCAUAUGGGCUUCCUGUCACCUACAAAAUGAUCCAUGGCGUGCACUCGCAAGGAGUGGCCCAGACAUAUUUGGAGGACAAUCUUCCUAUCGGCUUCUACGCCAACAUUCCUCCAAAAGCGGCAGCCAUCAUCUCAACAUCGAACGGAAGUCGACCAUUCCGGAACUUGGAUCAGAUUCAACCCCAGCGUCGAAUUCACUUGUGGACCAAAGACGAAAUCCAAGCGAUUUGCAACUCACUUCGCAAGCUCCAUUGGGAUGGGCUGAAGAAUAUGCAGCAGCCCUACUGCUGGGAUGACUUGUGGACUUACUUCGAUGCCUAUGACCUCUAUCAUAACGGCUGUCUAAACCUCUGGAAUGUCAUCAAUACCAUUUGGGAUGAAAAUAAGCUCAUUUCGAUUGACGUGAAGCGCGAAGUAGCCGCUCAUAUCGGCCAUUGGGCGGAUGAGUGGCUGAAGCUGAAGGAGAAUCGCAAGAAACUGACGCAGUGGAAAGAGUCUCAAGGCUCCAUCUAUCGCAUUCUCAAUGAUAAGGACCAUGAAUCGUUGGGUUCGCUGCAAGAUGACGUUGUGCCACUCAUUGCGAGCGCACUAAAAAGUCGUCGUGCCUAUCUUCUUUCUAACAUGGAAGCAGAGAAAGCUGAAGAGCCUGCUGAUCUGGUAACAGCAUUCCGUACGAACAGCGUUGAGAACUGGCUUACUGGACAGCCAGUUUUUGACGGUAGUGGACUGCCACCGCCUCCUGUAUCUGAACCUCACCGUAUGUCAGACAAUCCACCAGCUCCCUGCUUUGAACAGAAUGGGAAACACUACUAUCUCCCGCCAAACUGUUUCUCGCCUCCAGAGUCUGUUCAGAAAUCUGCCGACAAUGUCCAAGCUUUGUACAACCCCCCAAAUGUUGUUUCGUCUCCAGCAACAUUUUCCAAAUCUGGCGUAGUCAUCGUCAACGGUAGCAAUGCACCAAAAGUGCCGCAGGGACCUAUCAACAAAGCCUAUCAGAAGAAAAACGACGAAAUACAAAGCCAAAAUGACACUCGCAGAACCUCAUCGAUGCCAGAGACGUCAUCUCCCAUGAUCUCUAGCGACGGCCUGGAGCUUGGGCGCAGAAGGUCACAGCUAGCGGCGGAUAAUGAACAUUCUACCAGCGCUGAUGUUAGACGAAGCUCUGAGUCGGCAGCUUUGUCAAUCACCGAGCAAGAGCUAUCUGAUACUUCACUGUGUAUCAAGAAAGGGGGACCGGACGCCAAUCUGGGCAAUCCUAUGAAAGAGAUUGCGGACAAAAAGCGAGCAGAGCAAGAUGCUACUCAUAUCAGUCGAUCAGACGAUCCAGAAGUUGAAGGCCCUUUCCCAAUGCACGAUACCACGCGAUUUGAUCAACAUCAAACCCCUAAUGUGGUUGCACCUCUGGUUAAUUCUACAGCUCCGAAGCAACUACCGCCUACCCAAAGAGCUCGUAGGGUGUCUCCAGAAUUAAGAAAGCCCAGUGAUAACUCAUCUAGCGACUCUUUCAAACAGGGCUUCACUCCCUCCACUCAGCAACUAGCAGAACCUGCAGCUUUCUAUAUGCAGCCAGAGAAAGGAGGCAUGCAGCAUCAUGCAAUGCCUCAUGGGUUCCCGUAUCAAAGCCACCAAUUCCAUUCCGCACAAAAUAGACCGGGUCCUCACAAUAUGCCAUACAGAGAGUUUUCUGGAACUCCUCAGGCUAUGCCGUCUCAUCAGUUCCCUGCAGGGAUGCACCCCCACGCGAUUCCAUCUACCAUGCCAUGCAAUACCCCUGCCAAUGGCCCUGAUGAAAGUAUUCAUCCAACUCAGCAACCGAGACAGGAACAUUCAUAUGGCUCUUCAGUGUCUUCAGCGCACAACGGAUACCCAAGCAAUAACCGUCCUUACAACAACGACAACAACAACACCAAUAGAAUAGGACACCGUCGAGGGUCUCAGAGCCAAAGGACUCAUGUAUAUGCUUCUAGCCAGCAGCCUCAAGUUGAACACAAUGCCGCCUUUCAAGAAAGCUAUUCAAACAAAUCUCGGCGACGAGGCCCUCCACAGGACAAGGCCCAGCAAAGCUCUUGGUGUCGCAAUCCUGCUGGCUCAAGCAUGGAGUAUUGCCACUGCACCUGUGACCAGUGUAACGAACGCAACAGAAGUGUUUGGGUGAGAGCGAGCUCUGCAGCUUUUUCUUCGAUAAUGGAUGUACUCUCAUUUCUCAAAUUUGUAUUAAGCACUAGGUUUGGCAAGGUGGAAGAGGCAUUUCCAGCAGCAUCAAUGAAGAGAGAUGCGUUCAUCGUGAGAUUUGAGAGUGAAUCCUCGGUCCCACAAGCUCUUGCUUUUGGUGGGGGUAUCUUUCCAGAGAAAGAGGUCAGAAUCACCAUUCAAUCAGUCCAUCGAUCAAAGUGGACGAAGCCGCGCCAUCCGCAACAACAACCGAGAAAGCUUCCACCUCUGCCAAUUACGCACCAGCAGCCGCCACGACACGAAUCAUUCGCUCCAAGUGAAAAUCACGCCCAUGUUCAGGUGCCUCCUCGUUGUUCGUUGGCCUCAAGCCGUACCUCCACAUCAGAACCAGAUCAGCAUGAAAUUCCUUCCCGCCCUACGAGUACUUCAACGUUACCCAAAGCAGGCUUAUCGAGUCAGCGCAUGGAAAAGCAGAGCAUAUCACCAGUUGUUGAGCCCAAGUGGGAUGAAAAGCCUGUCAAAUUGCCAACUCCGACUGAAAUGGCUGUGGCCAAUCGCGAACAUUUCGCUUUUGAGGAACCGAGAGAACAUGCUGCCGAUCCAACUUCGUUCCCUCUUCAAGCGAUGGACUAUCCAAAAGUGGGAAAUCCUGAAAAAGAGAGUAUUCCAUGUUCAGAGUCGCUUCCUGAAGAAACCGUGAUUGAAAAGAGCAUUAGCUGCGACAUUACAACUUCAGAUCGCGACAGUAGCAAAUGUUCUUCGCCAAAGAUAGUCGACAUUGCACUACCAAAUACUCCUAUCAACUCAACCUGUUCUUCAAGUGAUACACCCAAAGCAACUUUUUGUAACGAUAGUUCCCCAACUACAGGAACGGGCAGUCCUAUAUCCAAGAACAACAAUAGGAAAGUCAAAUCACCUUCUCCAGUUGUAGUGGAGGACCGUCAGCACCAAACUUCGAGUUUGAUUGAGGAAAUUGAGAAUGCCGCACGGGUACACAAAGAAGGUGAUAAUGAAACUACAACAUCAAGUGACCUGAAGAAGACGCAAAAUCCCAUACCAGAUACUGAGAGACCGCCGAUAACCACAGUGGCAUCUCCCGAGAAGCACGUUGAAUCUAGCACAAACGGCAGUGCUCAAAUCUCCAGCUACACUGAGAAGGAGAUAAAAGAGCGAAAACAGGCCUGGAAUAGGAUUCCUAUGCCACUGGAUCCACGAAAGUCCAAAAAAUUAGGAACAACUGUUGCGUCUAGCCAGCAACUAAGUCUACCAAUCCUGAAUGAACCGUCGAACAAUACAACAGAAAAGGCAGACACUGCUACACUGCAUAUCAGGAAGCGGGAUCAGCUCAAGUCGAUUAAUUUGCUAGGGUCGGACAAGGUCAAAGCAGAGCAGUCAGCAAAAGCCGAAGAGUUGGCCAAAGAUGAAACUCAACAUCUUACCAAAGAUGAAUCACUGGACUCUGACCCCAAAUCAGCUCAACUGCCUAUGGUAUCACCAGAAAGCAGAGUUUCCACCAAUAUGACGACCAAGGAAGAGACGCAAUCUUCAAAAACGAAAAUUGCUGGCCCACGUCAGACUGAAUCAGAGGAGACUGAUGCUACUGCUUCGAAUUCGCAGGCACCCGCGGAUGAAAACAAAACGAGCGACACGGUAAAUAGCCAGAUCAAGCCAAAAUCAAAGUGGAACAAAUCCAAGAAAUCCAAGAAACGUCCAACCUUGACGCCAUUGACUGUCUUGCAGAAUGAAGGCAGUAGCCGAGAUAUAUCGCCAUCUGUCUCGGAGACGCCCUUUGUACAGAAGGAAGAGCCUCGAGCAGACUCCCAUACGCUUACGUCGGCUCCUGCAAUGUCCGAAUCUGCCUCUCGUCCUGUGCAUUUUGUGGAAAAGCCUGAGGAGCGCGCAACAGAGCUUUUCAAGGGCCCUAUAGAACAGGCUACGAUAAAUGUUAGAAGUCAGUAUUCAUAUGAUACUCUACCUCGGGGUCGACAGGAGUUUAGAAGCAGCGCGGGCGGCUCAUUGAAGGUUCCCAAAAAGCGGAAGAACAAAUAUCCUGCAAUCACUUCAAAGACAUUCGAAGCUUCCUCGACCAGCAGAUUUGAACCGCCACAGCCUAAGUAUGCUGUAAGUGGCCAGAUGUCCAUGAGGAGCACCGAUGACUCGAUUAGACCGGACUCAGUAACGCAUAUAACGGAAGCAGACUCUUCCAAGAAAAGUCGACUUAACCCUCUUGCAAUGGCUUUUGAAUCUCCUCAAAAAGCCAGUGUUGCAGCAGUGGAUACUGUCAAGGCACCAAAUCUUUACAAAGCAGGCUCACUCCGAAUGAGGGGGGAAGAAGAGUUACCCAGAGAGAACCAAUCACCGUCCAAGUUCAAGAUUAUGCAAAGGGCAAUGGCUGCGCAAAACUCGCCUACCAAAUCUCAACAGCCGAAAGAAAAGCUUGUUCGACGCAUUGACAGCUCAAAGGCGGGUGGUGGUUUCGAGACUUCGUCAAGGCAGCAGGAGAAUAACCCUGCCGAGAUUCAGCGUAGCUGGUCUAAAGACAAGCAUCGAAAUGAAGGCGAGAGCAAAGAGCCAGUCACUUCGAAGGCUACAUCGCCUGGCAAGAAAGCUGCCCUUGAUAAAGAGGACUGGCCUUCGUUGCCUGCAUCGCGUAUUAGAUCUGCUACACUCCAGUAA